UCGAGCUCGACCUCAAGGGGCACCGAUCGAUCGAGGAGUCGUUCCGCGCGCUCGUGGACGGAGAGCGGCUCGAGGGCGACAACGCAUACGAGCUCGACUCGGGCGGCAAGGUCGCCGCGGUCAAGCGGCUCUGCCUGGGCGAGCUGCCCCCGACGCUCGUGAUCCAGCUCAAGCGCUUCGAGUUCGACUACGAGAAGAUGGUCAACGUCAAGCUCAACUCGGAGUGCUCCUUCCCGAUGCGGCUCGACUGCUCGCCCUUCACGCGGCGCGGUCUCGAGUGCGCGGCGCGCGGCGAGCCGCUGCCUCCCUCGCCCCCCUACGAGCUCGCCGGCGUGGUUGUGCACGCGGGCAGCUCGGGCGGCGGCCACUACUUCUCGUACGCCUGCCCGCGCGACGGGCCGACUGCGGGAAAGUGGUUCGCCUUCAACGACACAAAGGUGACCCGCUUCGACGAGGCGCGCCUGCCACAGCAGUGCUACGGCGGCGGCGCGGCCGCGGCGGCGAGGACCGCCGCGGAGCGAGCGUCCGCCUCCCAGAGCGGCUUCCUCCUGCUGUACCGCCGCGUGGAGUCGUCCCGCCACCGCCGCAUUGGCUCCGCCCCGCCAGUCGGGAUCGGAGCCGCCGGGUGGAGGGGCGCACCCGCUGCGGCGACGCGCCCGCCCGCCGCAGCGCCGGCCGACGGUCCGACCUCUCAGACGGGCGAGGCUGGACGCGAGGCGGCACGCGGCGCGUCGUCGAUGCUGCUGCGUGCCGGCUCGGAGGGAGUGGUGCUUCGGCCUGCUGGCUCGGAGGCAGUCGUGCCUCGGUCUCCGCCGACACCGUCCAAGUUCUCCAUGCUGCAGCGCGCGUUCCUCGACUCGGGUGCAGACGGCGGCAGCGGCAGCGCCAAGGGCAGGGAGGGCGAGGAGGGCGCGGGCGGGGUAGCCGCUGGCAGCGCGCAGGCUCGAGCGCAGGCAGGGGGGGGCCCUCCCGCAGGAGAAGGGCGGGCGCCUCUUGCCACGACGCGAGUGCGCGCCGCGAACGAGGCGCUGCUCCGGCGGGAGCACCUGCUCGACCGUGGCUAUGCGGCCUUUGUGCGCGCCCUCCUCACCCUCCCCCCGCCCACCUCCGCGGCGCCGCUGCCGCCACCUCCGCCCCUUGCGCCGCUCUCCGCGCCUACGCAGCCGGCGGCGGCUGAGUCGGAGUCUGCCUCUGCGCUUCGCACGCGGCUCCUUGAGUUUGGAGCGCGGUACGCCUUUUCGCACCUCCUCCGCCUCAACGACGCGCGACUGGAGCCGGUGCUGGCCGGCCUCGACGGCUGGCUCGCGACGCUGGCUCGCGCGUGCGGGGCGCAGCCCGCCGCUGCCGCCGCCGUCCUGCACUACGUCGUCGCGCCGCAAGCGGCAGUCGGCGGGAGCGGCGCCGCGGGGCGAGGGGUCGCGGCUCCGCCCUCGAGCCCUCUGCUCGACGCCGUCCUCUGCAGCGGUAGCGCCGCCGGCAGGAGCGCCGUCGCCGACCUCGUCGUCUCGCUCGCCCGAGUAGCGCACGGGGCAGAGGCGGUCGAGCCGCGGCACGGGGCGGAGGGCGAGCCGCGACGGGGAGGCCACAUGGCCGCUUUCUUCGACGCGCUCCUCCGCCACGGGGUGGGCCGUGCCGUGCACAGCUGGCGCGACGCCGCCCCCUUUUGGGAGCUGCUCCGCGGGCUACUUUCCUCCGGCGGGCCGCCGCUCACUCGGAUGGCGGCGGAGAAGCGAGGGAUCCCGCUGCUCUGCGCCUUCCUCGUCGGCGCGGGGCCGAUCCGCGAGGGCGGCGUCCUCCCCAAGGCCGGCGCGGCGCCGGAGAGCGUGCCGGCGGCAGCCGACGCUGCAGACGGGAAGGCGAUUGGUGCGUGUGGGCCCAAGGGGGGCAUCGGCGACGCAGCUGAAAACGCCAGCGCGGACGCAGAGGCGUUCGGCCUGCCCGAGGCGCUUCGCUCUCUGACACUGCCCCUUCCGGAGCGUGGGUCGCCGCCCCCACCUGCCACCGCGGCGGCACCGCCUGCUGCCCCGGCGGCGGCUCCGUCCGCAGCUCCGUCUGCUACUGCUGCCGCCGCGGCACCCAGCUCCGCGGCGGCAGCAGACGGAGCCGCGGUCCCGGCAGCAGCGACGGUGCGCCGCAGCGCCACCGCGCUCGCGCCUCGCCUCGACUCGUGCCGCGCCCCUAAGGACGGCUCCGCCUCGCUGCUCGAGUGCCUGGCGCUGCUCGUCGAGGCGCACCACCCGCCUCCUCCCCCUCCCGCCGCUCCCGCGUCGCGCCACGCGCCCGCCGCUGCCAGCGCCGCGGCGGCGCCGGCGGCGGCACCGCCAGCCGCCCCCACCGACGUCAGUGGCACCGCAGCGCCGCUGCCUGCUGACGCCGCGGCUUGCCUGACUUGCGCCCCCUUCCUUCGUGCCGCUGCCUCUGCGUGCGCGGGCACGCCCGCCGCGCCCGAGCCGCUCGGCGCCCCGCUCGACGCCCUCGCCCGCGCGGUCCGCCCUCUCUGCGACGAGCGGACCGUCGGCGAGGCCGCGGUCGACACGUCCCUGCGCGUGGUGCGCGAGCUGGUCCGCGGGCUGCGGCACGAGCCGGAGCGGCUCGCGACCGUGUACGCGCAGCUGCUGCAGCGGCUGCUCGAUGUGGAGGAUGGGCUGCUCACGCGGCGAUGCGAGGCGGCGCUGCAGCGGCCGCACGGCCUCAUCGGCUACGUCGUCGACUUCAUCGCAUCGCCCAGCGCCCUCUCCUCGGCCGGUAGCGCGGAGCCGCCCGCCGCGGGCGCGGGCGCGGGCGCACCAAAGCAGGCGGGCUUCUCCGCCGCCGCCCGCUGCUAUCUCGUCAUCCGGCUGCUGCUUGAGGUGCUCGGCUCCUCCGCCACCGCCGCCGCUUGGCUCGACGCGGCGCUCUCGGUCGCGGAGGUCGAGGCGAUGGCAAAGUGGCUCAAGGCGGCCUCCAACUCGUCGAUGCUCGGCCGCUCGGUCGGCCGCGCGCGCCUCCUCUCCUUCUCGCGCCGCCGGCCGUACGAGCGCUCCACCUCUCAGCAGGGGACGCUCGACGACCUGAAGGGGUUCCGGAACCUGAAGCGGAAGACGCUGACAGCAAAGGGCAAGGCGGCGGGCGGCGGGAAGGAAGUGGCGGGGUGAGUCCUGCUCCUGGAUUUUGCAUUUCAAUCUAGUCGGUCUAAAAGUUCCCUCUCGAAG